ACAGCAAGUCAGCUGUUGCCUGCUGUCGGUUUCCACAAAAAAGCACUAAUAAAUUAAUAUUAGUUAACGUUUUGAGAUCGACUUUUAAAAUUUGUAUUGACCAAUGGAUUCGAAUUUGCGUAACCUAAAAGAUUUUCUCACAUUAUACAACAAAGUCACCGAGUUGUGCUUCAAUCGCUGCGUUGAUAAUCUCAGUCAGCGCGAACUGUUCGACCAGGAGAGCGUCUGCGUGGACAGAUGUGUGACCAAAUUUGCGCGCUUCAAUCAAAACAUGAUGAAAUCCUAUGUGGAUGUGCAAACAAAAAUUAAUGCCAAACGCAUGGAGGAAGUGGAACAGAACGCCAAACAAUUGGAGCAACACCAACAGGAGGAACGCAUCAAGGAGCAGCUCAAAGAGAAAGAAGUCGCUGCCGUCGCUGCCACAGCUGUGCUGACGCCAGCCAAGCUGUCCAUGUAGCAGCAGCAAGCGCAAGCAGAUUGGAAUGCCAUGCCGCAGCUCCUCUUUUCAAUAUUAGAUAGUUAAGCAGCAACCAACACACACACACACAGACAGAGAUCUAAUACACAGCACACACACACACACCCUCACUCACUGUAAAUGCCGCGCAUUUGUCUGCUUGCGCUAAUCGGGCUGCCGGGCGCUGGCAAGACACGCCUUAGCAACUGGCUGCUGGAACAACCCACAUCUCUUACCGGCUGGAAUGUGAUGCAUCUGUGCUACGACGACCAUUUUAACAUAGGACCUAAAGACCACACAGACUAUAAAACGCAGCGCAAGCUAAUACACAAACUGUUGACACA